GCCACCAUCAAUUCAGUCUUUGCCGAGAUUUUAUCGUGUGCGAGUGGUUUUUUGUAGCGUUUGCGCAGUUGCAAUUUCGACCGGUCCACAUAGUAUUUUGGCAUAGUCUUGCAAUUUUGGCCCGUCAGUUGUGCAGUGCCUACAUACGUAGGAGCGUAACAUAAAAACACACAGACACGUACUACUAUGUAUUAUUAGAACAUAUUUUUUGUUGGCGUUCAUCUGCAUAUGCAACACCCCAUUAGCCGGUGUAGUCGAUCCCGCGAGUACCAUUUGACCGCUUGCUUAUUUUUUUGUCUGUACUAUUUUUGUGUUCUUUUAAAAAACAAUCGACUGUGGCUUAGAUAGAUGACUCCAACUCAUGGCAAAAAUGUGAACAAUGCGUAGUUGUACGAAGUGUUUCGCACUGUUAAAAGCAAAGUCGUUCAAAUAUUUAAUCAAAUAAAAUUUUUUUCGCGGAAGUUAGUUUGAAAAACCACUUACAAUAAGUACUUAUGAAAGAUUAAAAUUCGUUACAGUCAAAUAUCAUUGAGUUUCAAGUACAUCUUAGACAUACAUAGUGUGCUGUGUUGUGUGUUGGUUCAGCAGUGUUUGUGUGUGUGAGUAAAUGUGCACCACAAAUAACUAUUAAAUUCAUUCGCGGACACAAUAGACAAAUUUGCUGUCUGUUAACUUCUUCGUGUGUGCUAAGAAGACCAGUGCAGGACACCAUACAUGUACACAUUGAUGUUAUUUGUAAAAGAGUUCGUUUACCUUAGCUUAUGAAAAUGUUGCAAGUUAACCUAUUGAUUGUGAGCUUAUGCUGUCUAGCAUUUUUCAACAAUUUCGCUCAGUGCUCUACGGGAAUGGACGAUAAUGAGAAGGAGGAUACAAGCUUAUUACGACCAAGAACGUAUUCCAUUAAAAAUUGGAUGGCGAAGGAUAGAAGCAUUACGCAAAGAGAAAAUUAUAAAAAAUUUCAGAAGAAAGGAUCGUCACACCGCUAUGAACACGAGCCAAUAGAGCGACACUUUCCCACUGACACAAUAGAAAGGAGAAAUUUUGAUACUUACAAACCAUUGACAAAAAAUUCACACACUUUAAACAAGAAAAUGCUUAAUAAAUUGGGAUUCAUUAAAGUGAAGGCACCUAACAGUCAUCAUAGAAAACGACUGGCUGUGGAAUCAAGACGUCACACAUCUCCAGAUGAUUCACAUAUGUUCAUUAUAAAGCUGCCACCGAAUUUCGUAUAUUACACCAAUCCAAAAGCUGAAGCUAAUAGCAUCAGUGACAUCAAAACGAACUCACAUAAGGUCUCUACCUUCCCAUUUAGCUCAAAUGGCAAGCCGGAUCGCAUAUACCACUGGAAUUUGCCAGUUCUACAGAAAAUACUCGGAAGCAAACAAACACCGCCACAUACUGAUGUCAAUGGCAAGAAAUAUAUUAUCAAUUUUAAAAAAUUUGCAAACUUUCAAAAACCAUGGGAAAAUGACAGUAUUGAGAAAUCCUAUAAAUCCAACUACAAAAAAUCUUUAAAUCAUAAGUCACCUUCAUAUUAUGCGCCAAAUGCAGCAGUCAAUAGAAAUAGUUUUAAUCGAUAUUUUUCUGCCAAUGGCAAACCGAAGGGCUUCUAUGUCAUAAAGGAAAAUCAGAAGAAAAAUAUUCAUUAUAAGAAUAUUGUGCCAUGAAAACGUUCAUAAUUCUACUAUUAAAAUAACUGCAUAGUUAUGUAUACGUACAUAUAUUUUUGUAUUACUUUACGAUAUUACUUUACGAUAUUUUCUAAUGAAUCUUAAAAAGAAAAUCCUGGUCAACUUCAUAAGAUUUAAAAUAAGAAAGAGACUUACAUUACAUUAUUUACUAUUAAAGCUAAAUUAAGUGGCUUUAAACCUAUGCAA